AUGAUCAAGACAAGCUGGGAAACAAAGAAAAUCCCACAAGAUUGGAAGGAAGGAAGAAUAUGCUUCAUGAACAAGCCCAACAAGGCGGCGUUAAGGCCCAUUACCCUAACUUCCUGUACAGGAAAAAUAAUGGAGAAAAUCAUAAACAGAAGAAUAUCUAUGUGGGCAGAAUCCUCCAACAAGAUAGAUGAGUCGCAGUCGGGCUUCCGAAAUAGAAGAUCAACUACCGAUAACCUAAACAGAGUAGUAUCAGAAAUUAAGUAUAACAGACUAAAAAACAAAGACACCGUCACAGCAUUCGUGGACAUAAAAAGCCCGUAUGACAAUGUAAAUCUCGGUACGCUAAUCGACAUCCUAAUGGAACUAGGAUGCCCCAGAAAAAUAGUCAGGUGGAUAAAGGAAUGGCUAAAACAAAUAGAAGGAUUAAUAUCACGAACAGUAAUGGGGUAA